AUGAACGCAACUUUUGUUCUCCCUAAGGAUAUAGGAGAGACGCGUGAUUGGCCUAGUCAAUCCGCUUCGACGGUCACUCUGCUCCUAGGACUUGGAGUCUCCUUUGACAGCCAAGGUGUCAGGCUCAAGUCUAGUAAAAGUGAUGAGUACGACAUCCUCACCGUCUCUGUUCCGGAUACAACGGUCUCUGGUAUACAGACAAAAGGAAAGAAACCCUGUCAACCCAUCUUGGUGGAAAUUGAGUUGAAAGCUUGUCGUUCACACGGUGUUAGCAAAAAACUAGAUGUGUUUGAUUGGAAUCGCUUGAUUCUCCUUCCGGUUGAAGGUAAUGAUUACCCAUUCCUUGCUCAUGAUCAUUUCAUUCAAUCCCAUGGAGGUUCUCAUCUGCCUCUGGCAGUUCGAACCCUAUCCGACGGUCUAGACUUCCUGUUCUCUGAGCUUGGAGAUGAAGAAGCUCAGAUAGCACGAACUAUGCUUGCGUCGAACAAUGUCUUAGACAAAACCCACCAUUGGGAUGACAGGUGUAGAAGUAUCAAAACCCUUCUAGACAAGGAGAUCUAUGAUCCGCUUAGAUGGUGCUUUGCUUCUGAGGAAACACGACAGACUGGUGGUGUGCCACACUUUAUACUUGUUACCGUGGACGCUUACGAUUAUCUCCUCAAGCAAGAGCCGGACCCUCCUCUGACAACGGACGGUGGCUAUCGUGACUUUGACGCAUGUGAGAGAGAGGCGUAUCAGUCACUUGCUUCAGAGGCCAGAUUCUGUUCAGGGAGUGUCAGCUACGAAGGACCUAGUGAGGAUAGAUAUGCUUACCUGUUUGAUGUAGAAUUGGAGAAAAUGGGGAAGGGGGUGAAGAAUGGGGAAGGGGAAGGGGAGGGGAAGGGAAGAGGGAAAAGAGAAGGAAAUUUCAGUUUGCCACCACUCUUCCUCAAUAAUCCCCAAGCAUCUACAGAGUUUGAGAACGGCAACAAUUGGCGCAUACGCAUAUGUGGAGUGAGAAAGCUCUCAGUCACAUUCUUCAUCAAAAUCACCAUGAAAGGCUCAGUGCCUAGUUCUACUUCUUCCCCAGGGCAGGAUUCUGUCAAUAAUGAAUGUCCACCCAUCAAACUCAUGCUGAAGACUGCCGUGUUAUACAGUGCCUUCUUGAGCUAUCAGGGAGCAGACCCUGGUAUUGCAUCUGCUGUCUUUGAUGGCCUCUCCCAGGGAUGGAACAGCUUGAGUGAACAAGAGAAAGUGACAGCUCGUGAGAUAUUAUUAUCCGAUGAGGAGCCUGACAUGGGCAACAAUUUCAUUGCAGCAACCACAACUAAAUUGAAUGAUGCAAUCACUGAAUCAACCAAUGGAUUUCUUGAUAGACUACCUCAACAGAUUAAGAGCUGCAUUAUCAAUUACAGUUCAGCAUCUGGACCUCAAUAUGAUUGUCUGUUAACACAACGCUAUAGACCCAGCCUGGUGAACAGCAAAGGUACACGCAAGUUAAGAGCCUGCCUUAAUGCUUGCAGCAUUAAUUGUUAG